AUGAAGAUCAUUUUGCUAUUCGGGAUCCUGGUGUUUUACCUGAUCAAUCAAGUACAAUGUGCGUCAAUCCAAUCGAUUUCCCGAGGCGAGAGAACCAAGCUGUGCGAGGCGACUCAGGCUGCUUGCAAGGAAGCAUGCAAAGGAAACAACAACAGCACGACGACGACAAGCAACAACAAUCAUCCGAGUAGUUGUGAUGCUGACAAGUUGGUGUGGAGCUGUGAAUGUGCACUUAAGGAUGAUAUGAAGAUUGGCAACCGUACAGCAGGAACGUUUCCUAUCCCAGAAGCCAUGUGUCGAUUGGAUCGUGCAUUAUGUGAAAAGAGCUGCACCAAUAUUGGCGAGCACAUGAACCAUGGCAAGAUUUGUCGUAUGCAAUGUAGUGGUUCUUAUCCAUGCGGCACCGAUCAAACUCCUUUCUACAACGGCACCGAGCAAUUAAAGUAUGAUCCACAGGAUAACUUUUACUCCCCAACAAGAAUGAAAGAACAACAACAAACAUCAUCUGCAACUCCUGUGGUCAUGGCCCAUUGGUACUCCUUGGCUGUCGUAUCGCUGCUGAUCAUCUUUAUUAUUACAUACGCAGGGUAG